AGAGAGAGAGAUAGUCCAGUAUGAAGGCCAGUUUUCCGAGAGCAGCCAGCCCAGCCCAACAGCCCGGAGGCCCAGAGGACGGAGACCCCAGCCUGGAUGAGUAUGAGCUCUAUGGCCUAGCUCAUUCCUACCUGGGAGCAGGAGGCCGGAAAGGUCGCACCAAGAGAGAAGCUGCCGCCAACACCAACCGCCCCAACCCUGGAGGCCAUGAGAGGAAGCUGGUGACCAAGCUCCAGAAUACGGAGAGGAAAAGACGAGGGGCACGGUCCUGAGACAGAGCUGGAAGUUAGGCCGGAGCACACAGCGAUGGAGACAGGACCACGGAGAAUCGGAGCAUCAGAGAAUUGGCAUCUGGGGUGGGGCCCAGGCCUGCUUGUCCCCCCACCACCCCACCCCCGGACUUACCCUACCUGACUGAGGCUCUGAGGGGCCACCAAGGAAGUGCCCCCAGUCCCAGCAAAAGGACAAGAUAGGGAGCAAGAGGCAGGGAAUGGAGGGGCAGUCGCCAAAAAAAAAAAAAAAA